AUGAACUCCGUUCAUCUUUCAGCUCAUCAGAGAUCUACGACGUCCAGCCUACACCAGCCUCACCCAAAAAGUGCUCAGGAGGCACCAGAAAUGGCCGUGUAUUGUGAGAACUUUAGCAUGUAUCACCAGCAGAACAUCCACUCCUCACAGAGGACAGCUAACUAUGGGAUAGGGGAUUACGCUCCCCCGACUAAUCCCUAUUUAUGGCUCGGUGGGCCUGGAGUGAAUAAUUCGUCCGGUUAUCUACAUGGAAGCAAUCCUGCCUCUUACAUGCCACCAACCUAUGGAUCACAAAGACAGUUUCUUCCCGGCUCUUCGAGUUUUGGUGGAACAGACUUGGGUUGGCUGUCAAUCGCUUCCCAGGAAGAACUGCUCAAGUUGGUGAGACCGCCGUACUCUUAUUCCGCUCUCAUUGCCAUGGCCAUUCAAAAUGCCCCGGAGAAGAAGCUGACGCUAAGCCAAAUAUACCAGUAUGUAGCUGACAACUUUCCUUUCUACAAAAAGAGUAAAGCGGGCUGGCAGAACUCGAUUCGGCACAACCUGUCUUUGAAUGACUGUUUCAAGAAGGUUCCGAGAGAUGAAGACGAUCCAGGAAAAGGGAACUACUGGACGCUGGAUCCCAACUGCGAGAAGAUGUUCGACAACGGCAAUUUCCGCAGGAAGAGAAAGCGCAGAUCGGAAUCCAACGUCGCCGACGCUGUAGCGGGUAAAGGUGAAGACGUUCGUCCAUCCUUAGGGGGAAAAGGUGCGGAGAGUCCAUCCAUAAUGGCACCAUCGUCGCCCGAAAUGGAAGUAGGUUCCGAUGACCGGAAAAGUACGUCUCCCCCGGGGAUCACGUCCACGCCCUGCCUGAACAACUUCUUUAGCAAUAUGACCUCCUUGGACACAAGCUCGGCAAACAGACAGAUGUCUUUGGGGUUGGUGAAUGAACUGACACAGAGAAACAUCACUGGUUUGGGCACUUUCCCCUCAGGCUCUCUAACAGAACCAUCUGUGGACAUGCAGGACAACAGUCUGCACCUCAACAGGGCCUCUUAUUACAACUCGUUCCCCACCACCAACAACCAGGCCAACCAAUUCAACGGCCAUUUUUACAACACCUUCAGCGUCAACAGCCUUAUAUACAGCAGGGAUGGAAGUGAAGUCUAGUUCCAAGGGGCAUUUCCUUUCCAGGCGCCAUUUUGGACCCUACUGUUGGGAAUGCUCGAUAGGUCACAAUGAGUUGUUUCUUCAUUUCGACUAUGAACUGAACAUAGGAGGAACAUGGAUUAUGGACUACUAUUUGCCUAAUUGCUGUGUGAAAAUGUACCAUUCACAACAGCGUCUACGUACAACAUGUGCAAAAAAAGACUGAUAUACGCAUAUUACAUUUACGUGACUUCAGAGUUUACAAAGAUGACAUAUAAAAUAUUUUUACAUAUACUGUAUAUAGAUUAAGACUUUAAAAAUGGUACGAUUAUAGGCGUGGAAUAAAAUGUCUUGUAAAUAUUAUUGUAUACAUGUUUGAGUCUGGAAACAACUUUUUUUUCACUUUUUUUUUAUUUAUAUACAAAUUGCAAAAUGUGGUAUUUUGGAUUUAACUAG